CCUUCAGGAAGGGGAAAAAAAAUAACAGAGAACUAGACUUCUCCUUUCUGCUAGCUUCCCUUCGUCAGCAAGUCAUUCCCAAAGAGUUCUAAAGCCUUUGCUCGCUUUUCCUCUUCUGAUAACUACCUCAUAAAGAUCAGGCGCUAAAUACCCACCAAAAAUAUUUAUACCCAAAUCCAAAUCCAAAAACCCAAAUCUUUUUCCCUCAAACUCCUCUUAAUCCAAUCCCCAGAUCCUCUUUUGCCAACCCAUAAAUCUCACUUUCCUAAUACAGUGAAUCACUGAAUCGAAACCGAUCUCUUUGAUUCGCAAAAUCAAAGCCGAUUUCUUCAAAUAUCGUUCGAAGAUGACCCGAAGAAACAACCCUCCUUACACAAACCCAAAACCCUGCGAACACCUAUCGGAUUACAAGCUCAAACAUGGUUUUAAUGGCUACAAAUCCCUCCAAAAGUUUAUCAGGACCACCCCAAACGGAAGGACAAGCCUCGAAAAUCCCAACACAAAGGUACCCACUUGCGAUUCCUGUAAUGGGUACCGGGGAAGAUUCUAUUUUUGUCUUGUUUGCUCCUCAAUCUCUUGCUCAGAUCACGUCCUUUUCCAUAACCAAUCUCGUAACGGCCAUGACAUCGCCGUCGACGUCGAAAGGGCCGAGCUUUUUUGUAUUGUGUGCCGUGAUCAGGUCUAUGAUCCUGAUUUCGAUAAGGCUGUGAUGUCCAAACAUAGAAUUGAUAUGCCGAAUGUUGAGAGUGAUGGGAAGAGUAUUGGGGAGAGGCUUUGUAAGAGGAAGAAAUCGGGUUCGGGUUUUGGGGUUGUUGACCAGAUGAGGGAUUUGAAGGGUCCGAAAGAGUCGGCUUUGAUGAGGGAUCAAAGGGCUAAGUCGUGUUAUCCGUUGGGUUUGAGGGGUUUGAACAACUUGGGCAACACUUGUUUCAUGAAUUCUGUGUUGCAGGCAAUGUUGCACGCGCCGCCUUUGAGGAGUUACUUCUUGACCAAUCAGCAUAACCGCGAAACUUGCCGGAAGAGAUCGGUGGACCGCCUUUGUUUGCCCUGUGACAUUGAUGGUAUUUUCUCGGCUGUGUUUUCGGGUGAUCGGCCUCCUUAUAGUCCUGCUCAAUUCCUUUACAGUUGGUGGCAGCAUUCAGCUAAUCUGGCUAGUUACGAGCAGCAGGAUGCUCAUGAAUUCUUCAUUUCCUUGUUAGAUGGUAUUCAUGAGAAAGAGGGUAAAAUAAGGAACCGGAAUAGAGAAAAUGGAGAUUGCCAGUGCAUUGCUCAUAGGGGUUUCUCAGGACUGUUGAGAUCAGAUGUUACAUGUAUGACCUGUGGAUUCACUUCAACAACGUAUGACCCUUAUGUUGAUAUUUCACUCAACCUCGAUACCAGCAAUUAUUCGAUGACUGAUGUAGCCAAGAAGCCCAUUAAACCAAAUGAAAGCAGCAGUAUAUCCACUCUUUUAGGUUGUUUGGACUUGUUUACAAGACCAGAGAAGUUGGGAUCGGAUCAGAAACUGUACUGUCAGAACUGCCAAGAACGUCAAGACUCAUCAAAACAAAUGUCCAUCAGAAGGCUCCCGCUAGUUCUGUGUCUUCACAUAAAACGAUUUGAGCACUCGCUGAUCAGUAAAAUGUCGAGAAAGAUCGAUAGGUAUCUGCAUUUUCCUUUCUCAUUGGACAUGACACCGUAUCUAUCAUCCUCAAUAGUCAGAAACAGAUUUGGAAACAGAAUCUUUGCUUUUGAGGGCGAUGAAUCUGACAUUUCCACAGAAUUUGAGAUUUUGGCAGUGGUCACUCAUUCAGGAACACUAGAGUCUGGUCACUAUGUGACUUAUUUGCGCUUACGAAAUCAAUGGUACAAAUGUGAUGACGCUUGGAUUACAGAGGUGGAUGAGGAGAUUGUGAGAGCUUCCCAGUGUUACAUGAUGUUUUAUGUUCAGAAGAUGCUUUAUCACAAAGCGGACGAGAAUAUGAGUCACUUAACAACUUCCUCAAAGGAGGAGGCACUUCAUCGGGUUGCUGGGUUCAGCUAAACAGAGUCCCAAACAAAAUAGACUGAAAGUUGGCCGGUCGAAAAGGGCUUCUCACAUGCAUUUCACGGCUACAAACUGGAUAAGCAAGUGAAUGAGAGAACUUCCCCGUUCUUGAAUAGACUGAAUCAUAAUUCAUAUCCCAUUUGUCAUUAGUGGGAUACAAUGUGAGAGGCAACUUGGAACUGCAAAAUUAAUGAAGAUCACAGUUCCAAAAUGGAGGUAUACUUAUACAAAUUCCAGAUAAUCUCAUUGAUCUGUUUAUGGCUAUCAUUAUGAAUGGUUGCCAAAGGGGUUUUUCGCGAAAAGGUGUGACUAAACUUCCCCAUACAAGAUUCUCUCUCUUAAUUCUUUGACCGCCAUGUACAGCACAAAUAAUUAUAUUAUCUCUCAUCAAACUAAAUAAGUCAUUAUUCUAAUUUUGCAUGUUCCACUCGGUGUUACUCAUUGAGAUUUCUAUGGGCCAUUAAUAUUUAUUUAUAUUGAUUUUGACUUGUUUAUUGCAAGAGAAUUUG